CACUUCCCUGCUGUCCAUUCUCUGUUUUUGCUCAGUUUCAGGUGGAAGCUCCCUCUGAGAACAGGAACCCCAUACAAUUUUAAGGCAGCUGCUCAACAUGUGCACUGGAAAAUGCUCCCGCUUCAUCGCAAUCGGCCUGUACCCGCUGGUGGUCAUUUCCAUCAUCUGUAACAUUGUGCUUUUUUUUCCUGCGGGAGACACCAAGUACGUCAGUGAUGGGAAAAUUACUGAGGAGGUGAAGUACAUGGGGGGAGUCAUUGGAGGGGGCAUAAUGGUGCUGCUCCCAGCUCUUUACAUUCACUUGACUGGGACACAGGGUUGCUGUGGAAACCGCUGCGGGAUGUUCUUGUCCAUUGCGUUUGCUGCGGUGGGUGUUGCCGGCGGUCUGUACAGCUUUAUCGUGGCGGUGCUGGGCUUGAAGAACGGGCCCUACUGCAAAGUUUUGCUGGCUUGGACAACACCAUUUAAAGACAGUGAGGAAGGUUACCUGUCUGACAGCUCAAAGUGGUUCAUAUGCACAGAACCCAGCGACAUUGUCCAGUUUCACAUCGGCCUGUUCAGCACUCUGCUGGCCACCAGCUCCCUGCAGGUCAUUCUCUGUGCUUCUCAGAUGAUCAACGGGCUCUUCGGCUGUCUGUGUGGGACCUGCGGCAAGAAAGACGUCAUUUGAAGAUAAAUCCAAAAGGGAGUUUGAAGUCCUGACAGCUCAUUGGCCCUCCCCGCAGGAAGAUGGAGGACAGUCCAAACAAUUUUAUUAAAAUUUUACUUUUUAAUAAUGAUUAAAAAGAGUUCUUGUUUUACUAAUUUUGACAUCACAUCAAAUUCCCAAUUUGUUACUUUUUGAGAAAAAUUAUACGAAGUUGGUGUUCGAUUUAUUUGAAAACUUUAUUUUGAGACCCAUACUGAUUUAUAAGUUUAAAACAGUUUGUAUUUCACCAAUUUCAUAUUUCAAUCACUUGUUUCUUAUUCUUAAAGUUCUCACCUACAGAUUGACAGUAGGUUGUCUCACUGAGAUUUCACUAGAGAUGCUAAAAAACAUCACAUAUUACCUUGUGUUGUUAUUCUAAAAUGUCUUUCAUUUAAUAAACAUUUAUUUUGUGAAUCGUUUCAGGUAUUUUAGCAAACAACCAGGAUACAGUCAUCAACAGUCGAUUAAUAAUUUCUGAAAGGCAGCUUUAAUUUUUUUAUUUAAAAUGCAUUAAACGAGUGUGGUAAAAAUCUUUUCCAAUGGAUUUUCCACUGGUGUCACGUCUUUCCUUCAAAAUGUUUGUUUCCCUUUUUGUUCUUCUAAAGUUUUGCUACAAAGUACAAAAAAUAAAAAUAUGUUAACCUCUUUUC